AUGGGUGGCGGCGGGCCGCUCACGCCUCGGACGCGUGACGAGACGGCUGCCGUUCCGACAUGGGUAGACUGCGCGCUUGGCUCGGCCUGCGGCCUCGCCUCGGCCUGCUGCGCCGCGCCCUUCAUCCUCACUGUCGACCGUGCCGUCACGGAGAACAGCGCCGGGAAGAGCGGGCUCGGCGCCGCGCUGCUGAAGGGGCUGAGGCAGGUCUUCACGCGCCCUCACGUCAUGCUGACCAGCCUCCCGUACUGGAUGGUCGCCGGCGUCUACGGCUCGACCUACGCCACCGCGAACUCGAUCGACGCUGUCAGCGAGCGCGCCUUCGACCCCGACGCAGAGAACAAGUUCGUCAAAGGCGCCACCAAGCUCUUUGGCGUCACGGUUGUCAACAUGUGCGCCGGCGUUGCAAAGGACGCCGCCUUUGCGCGGAUGUUUGGAGCGGGCGGCGCCAAGCCUCCGCCGGUCCCUCCCGUAACGUACAUGCUCUUUGCCGGCCGAGACGUUCUCACCAUCGCGGCGGGCUUCACGGCGAGCGCGGCCAACGCCUCGCAGCUGCUUUCCCCCGUCGGCAUGCAGUGCCUCCUCACCCCCGUCCACCUCCUGGCGCUGAAUAUGUACAACGUGCCCAUCGCCACGCCCGCGCAAAGGGCCAGCCAGGUGGGGCCGCUGCUGCCGUCGUCGACGCUCGCUCGGAUGGGCCGCUUCGGAUGCGCGUACGGCAUCGGCGGCAUCAUGAACACGCGGCUCACCAACGCCGCGAGGGAGUGGGCGGUGAGGGCCUACGCGCCCGAGAACUGACGUUGUCGUUGUUAUUAUCGGUCUUGUCGAAUGGAGCACUUAACGAACACAUUUAUCACGA